AAGUUCGGACUUCCCAUGGCCUUCAGCCUCACAAUGCUGUCGUGGGGCGUGGUCGAGUUCCGUGACGCGUUGCGGCGGACAGGGCAGCUUGGAAACACGCUCAAUGCUAUCCGCUGGGGCACUGAUUAUCUUUUGAAGGCCAGCACUGGUCCCAAUGAACUCUGGGUGCAAGUUGGCGAUCCCAACACCGAUCACAAUUGCUGGCAAAGACCCGAAGAAAGUGAUCCACCUCGCACGAGCUACAAAGUAGAUGCCAACCGCCCAGGAUCCGAUGUGGCCGGCGAGACUGCGGCAGCACUUGCUGCUGCUUCUAUUGCAUUCCGUGGCAUUGACAACGCUUACUCAGAUCGAGUCCUCGCUCGUGCUAGACGGGUGUUCGACUUCGCCGACAGGUACAGAGGCAAAUAUAGUGACGUACUUGGAGGAGAAGUGUGUCCAUUCUAUUGCUCCUACUCCGGUUACCAGGAUGAGCUGGUUUGGGGAGCGGCAUGGUUGUACAAGGCCACGCUAGAGAGUGGUUAUCUACAGUACCUUUAUAGGAAUGGCAAUAGCCUUGGUGGGACAACGACCACAGUGAACGCGUUCAGCUGGGACAACAAAUACGCUGGGGCACAAAUUCUUCUCGCUCAGUUUGCGUUUGAAGGCGUGAAUGGGCUUCAAGGGUACAAAAACCAAGCUGAUGGGUAUAUUUGCAGUGUCUUGCCUCGCAGUAUCAGCCAAUUCAACCGAUUGCAGUACUCACCAGGCGGAAUGCCGUACUACAUGAUCAACACCAACAUGCAGUACGUGACAUCGAGCAGUUUCCUACUCACAACGUACGCGAAGUACCUCAGCGCCGCACGAAGAACUGUGAACUGCGGAGGCCGCCAGGUGACCGCGGCCACGCUUAUCUCCGCUGCUCAAAGCCAGGUGGACUACAUCCUCGGCCGCAACCCCAGAGGAUUAUCUUACAUGGUCGGCUUUGGCAGAUACCCAACCCGAGUGCACCACCGCGCGGCGUCGAUGCCCUCGAUGAGAACCCAUCCCCGAAAAAUCCAGUGCCUAGAGGGAUUCAACUGGUUUCACAGCUGGAACUCCAACCCGAACGUCGCCAUGGGAGCGAUCGUCGGUGGACCCAACCAGAAUGACGACUUCGACGACGCUCGACAGAAAAUCGCCCAGACAGAACCUGCUCUCUACGUCAACUCUCCCAUCGUCGGCGUGUUGAGCGAACUUGCAGUCGGACGCCGAUACUGA